GUGAAACGCGGACCUCGCUCCAGCCCAGAUUAUAACUAGGAUCUUUUGUCACGGAAAAACCAGAUUCAGAGCUCGAAGAACCAAGCCAAGGAGGGCACGCUGAUCAUCCUAGUCGCCAAGCAGUUCGGUUCGAAGAGUGCCAUCUCGCGCAACACGUUCUACCUCGGUGACAUGGUCAACGUGACCAAGAUGAACCUGGUGCAGACGAUCCACGGCGUGACGCUGGCCGGCAUCGCGAAGGGACUGUAAGUUUCGGUGAUGCAGCAUGCGGCAGCCGCAUCUGCGAAUGGAAGUUGGAUCAACCCUCAGGACGGUCUCUUCUGCUCGAGGACACCCAGAAUCACAUAACCUGAACCUUCUGCUGCGUGGUCUCACCAUCCACAUCGUGUUGUUUUCCCCCAGGAUCAGCACGGAUCUGGAACGGGAAACGUUGGUUUCGAGUUCGGCAAUUACGUCGAUGGCCCCAGAAAGCAUUCCGCCGACCCAGCAGCAAAUCGUUCGCGAGCAGCGAAAAAGAACAUCAAAGAUCCGGAAAGCGUUGAAGAUCCGGCCCACAAUGGAACAUUGAAAUGUUUGUUCGAAAAUAAUGCAAUCGACCUCUUUGCGAAGAAAAAUCAUUCAAAAUGUAAAAAGACAAUAAUUAAGUAAUUAAGUUCAAGUGUUAAAGAGAAAAUUAUAAGCAAUAUCGAGAAUAAAAAUUUCGUUUGUUUUUGUUUGACAUGACAUUUCAAGGUAGAAACCAAUUCGAUAUCUACCCCUGGUCCCAAAAAUGGGCUCUGUUUAAUAUUACACAUUUUUGGGUGUACAUUCAUGGAUGUAAUUUUAAGUGUUUUUUUUCACAAAGGUGAUGUGCAUGCUUUUUGAUGCGAUUUUACCAUCGGAUUUUUUUUCUGUGUAUCAUUUAUGA